AUGAAUGCCAGACACGACGUGUCGGACAUCGCGGGACUCAACGCCUACUCGUUUGGCAUUGAAGACGUGGACAGACAUACGAUUGUCUAUAAGAAAGAGUUCACUCCAUCGGAGGAUGAGUUGAAUGCUCUGCGCAAAGGAGAGGAAUACGACCCCAAGAAGUUGGAACUCAUCAAACAAAUGGAAUUGGAGGAACAGAAUCGUGCGGCAGUCAAAGAUAAAGAUAUCGUUCCCAACAAAGACUUUAGAGAUAAGUACGAGAAACUGAUUGGUUUGGACGCGGGAAAGAGUGCCGCUCAGGUCACCACUCCUAACAAACAGUUUGGAUUCGUGCCGAGCGCUAACAAAAGGGAUCAGAGAUCUAUUGAACAGAUUUUGGCCGACAAUAAGAAAAAGAAGUUGAAAACAACUGAAGACAAUAGCAAUUAGUAUUUGAUUUGUUUAGUCGAUUAGUUAUUAUACACAUUAACUAAUUAAUUAUAUUAAACCAUUUCAUUAAUUAUUACAAACACCGACACCUUUACAAUACUUUGUUUAUAUACCAUACUUUAAUGUGUGUGACUUUUAUGUUAAUUAGCGA